AUGGGGAUGGACGACAACGGUGAUGAGGUGUGCUGCAAGCUGUCACGUCAGCAGUUGCAGGGUUGUGACCUGCAGGAGCGUGGUCAGUGGGCUAUUAAAGCUGAAUUUCUUUUGGCCGUUGCUGGACAGAUUAUCAGUUUGGGAAACGUGUGGCGCUUUCCAUAUCUGUGUUACAAGAAUGGAGGAGGUAUGGAGAUGCGAAUUCCUCUCUUCCUGUGGGAAAUGGCUCUGGGUCAGUUCACCAGUCUUGCAGGAGUCUGGAUGGAUGCCGGAACUCAGAUCUUCUUCUCGUAUGGGAUUUGCCUGGGAAGUCUGACCGCUAUGGGUAGCUACAAUAAAUCCAACAAUGACUGUUACAAGGAUUGCUUCAAACCGUGUCUGCUCAACAGUGGCACCAGUUUAAUUGCUGGAUUCGCCAUCUUCUUCAGUGCUUGGCUUCAUGGCUACUCUGGCGCUUCCGUUGCGUUCAACGCGUUCUUUCCACCUGCGAACGGGUCUCACCGCACACCUGCCAACUUGACCGCCGGUCUCGUGCGGGAUGUGGACCGGAUAUAUUACGGCGGAGGAAAAGCCGGUUAUCUUGUUUACAUGGACGAGAUGCGGUUUCAGUUGGAUUUGGAGAGGGAUGAGUCGAUAUUGUCUCGUCACGUCAGUUCGAAAGUGCUCGCGCGACUGAACGCGAGAGAUGACGCGCCGCCGCUGCACCGGGAUUGCGUUUACCGCGGCACUGUGAAUUCGAACGCGGAAUCUCUGGCGGUUUUUAAUCUGUGUGGCGGCGGACUUGAGGGAUUUUUCGCCGUCGAUCACGCGCGCUACACCAUCACACCGCUCAUCCGAGCGAGAGAACACGAGAAUGACGCGCACAUCGUCGAGGACGCUGACGCGACGCGCGCGCUCCACUAUUACACCAGCGAGAGGUUCAGUUUCGAAGCGAUGCCCGCGCGUCACAGCUGCGGCACGCGUGACCGCAAAAGGCGCAAACGCAAGCGGAAUGCUAGAGGGAAAUGGAAAAGCCUCCGUCAGGAUUUUACUGAGUUGGAUGAGAGUGCGCGCGGGAGGUGGUGGUGGGCAAAAUUUACGAAACCGGUCGCUACGCGACGCAAGAGGUCCGUGUCUCGCGCCCGGCACGUGGAGUUGCUGCUAGUUGCGGACGAUUCUAUGACGAAGAAAUACGGAAAGGACCUGCAUCACUACCUGUUGACGCUCGCGUCCAUCGCGUCCAAACUUUACGGCCACGCCAGCAUCGAAAACCCCAUCCGUUUGUCGGUGGUGAAAGUCGCUGUUCUGACAGAAAAAGAGAAGGGGAUUGACGUGUCCAAAAACGCCGCUGCGACGCUCAGGAGUUUCUGUAAGUGGCAAAAUCAGCAGAAUCCGUUAGAUGACGACCACCAGCAUCACCAUGACGUCGCCAUCCUCUUCACCAGGCAGGAUCUGUGCGGGCAUCACUCAUGUGACACUCUUGGCAUGGCAGAUGUGGGCACCGUGUGUUCUCCAGAGAGAAGCUGCGCGAUCAUUGAAGACGACGGCUUGCAUGCUGCGUUUACCGUGGCACACGAGAUCGGGCAUCUGUUGGGUUUGUCUCAUGAUGAUUCAAAGUUCUGUGAAGAACGCUUUGGUUCCACUGAAGAUAAACGUCUCAUGUCAUCAAUUCUGACCUCCAUUGACGCUUCCAAACCCUGGAGUCGCUGUACAUCCGCUACGAUCACCGAUUUCUUCGAUGAUGGCAACGCUGAGUGUCUGUUGGACCCGCCUCGUCAGUCUCUUCUCGGUCCAGAGGAGUUGCCAGGUCAGAGUUAUGAUGCCUUACAGCAGUGCCGUUUAGCAUUUGGUCCGGAGUACACUGUGUGCCCGGGCAUGGACAUGUGUUCUCGUCUGUGGUGUGCAGUCAUCAGGAAGGGGCAGAUGGUUUGUCUAACAAAGAAACUGCCCUCUGUAGAGGGCACGCCGUGCGGCAACAGCCGUAUCUGUCUACAGGGGAAGUGUGUAGACAAAACCCGCAAGAGACACUACUCGACAUCUAAUCAUGGCAGCUGGAGCUCUUGGGGUCCGUGGGGUUUGUGUUCUCGUUCGUGUGGUGGUGGCGUGCAGUUUGCACAUCGUUUGUGCAACAAUCCACCUCCUCGCAACAACGGCCGUUACUGUACGGGAAAGAGAGCGGUCUAUCGGUCGUGUAACGUCAUGCCAUGUCCUUCAGCGAGUAAGAGUUUUAGACAGGAACAGUGUGAAGUUCGGAACGGCCCUCAGACCGACCCGAAAGGAGUGAAGACGUUUGUGGAAUGGGUGCCCAAAUUUGCCGGCGUGCUUCCUAAAGACGUGUGCAAAUUGACCUGCAGGGCCAAAGGAACAGGAUACUAUGUAGUGUUCUCACAGCGGGUGAUUGACGGGACAGAAUGCAGACCGUACAGCAGUUCAGUGUGUGUGAAAGGAAAGUGUGUUCGCACCGGAUGUGAUGGAAUCAUUGGCUCUAAACUUCAAUAUGACAAGUGCGGCAUCUGUGGGGGGGACGGCAACAGCUGCAUCAAAGUGGACGGAAAUUUCACCAAGAAGAGUAAGGGUUACACUGAUGUCGUGAAGGUCCCAGAAGGCUCGACACACCUCAAGGUACGACAGUACAAACCCAAAGGACAAACACGAUACACGGCUUACCUCUCUCUGCGCCGCCCGGGUGGAGAUUAUCUUCUGAACGGCAAGUUCAUGAUCUCCACCUCCGAGACCAUCAUCCCCCUCAAUGGAUCCGUCCUCAACUACAGUGGGUGGAGUCAGCGGGAUGACGCCCUUCACAGCAUGGGACCCGGAGCCCUACAGGAGAGCCUGGUGGUGCAGAUUCUUGCCACGGACUCUAAGAAGCCGCUUGACAUCCGCUACAGUUUCUUCAUGCCACGUAAAACGCCGCUUCCACCUCGGACAUCUCCCACAUCUUCGGCCACCGCUGCGGCGUUGUCAUUGGUGGAGAUCUUUACAUUUUCUACCGAGGUUCCUACGACGGAGCCUCCAUCAACGACGUCCGCUGGCCCUCAUUGGGUGACGGGAUCGUGGAUGACGUGCUCCAGAACUUGUGAUACGGGUUGGCAGAGUCGCACAGUGCAAUGCAAGGACCCACAUGGAAAGCUGGCAAAGGGUUGCCCACUCACCACUAGACCCUCAGCGUUCAAACACUGCCUACUUAAAAAGUGUUGAGAAUCUCUCAAUUAAACAAACUAAGGAAGGACCUUAUUCCUUGUCAACCAUGUCGAGUGUCCAGCCGAGACGCAGGCUCGAUGGAGCACACGAACACUUGCAUGACUGACCCGUCACGGGUCCCGUUAGACCUGAAGUUGUGUUUGUAUAAACGCUGUUCCUUGCUCUAAACACAAUCACUGUGGAGUUCUGCUAGUGUUUAGAAUUGUGACUUGGAUGAGACAUUCCUGCUCUUGCCUCAAGUGGGGCAAAAUGACCUUCAAACUGGUCUCUCGAUGCAGCCACACCCCAUUUCCUGAUGGCACUCCCAUUAUGGGUCCAGUUCAAAACCACACCAUUUGACAAAACCACGCCCCUUAACACAGGCUACUUAAGGGUCCACAACCCUUGCGUUCACACUGACAGUGAUUUAAUUGCUGCAGGAUGUUUAGUUGCUGUUGGUUGCUAGUAGGUGUUCGACUGCAGUUUUCAAUUGUAUCAGGCCACUGUGCACUCCAUUUGUUGUCAUUUUUGACGUCACUGCUUACUUGCGUAAAGUCCAACUGAGCUCAGCUUUGUCAUAUCACCAACAUUUACUGUUGCUUAUGUCGCCUCAAAUCACCAACUUUCAUUGAAAAAUGAAUAACUUCUUAUCACGUUGUUACAGCAAAUCACUUUCAGUGUGAAUGCCCUAUCAAGAGUCCACAACCCUACUUAGGGUCCAGUACAUUUCUAAGAUCUUCCAAUCCAAAAGAACCUUUGACUGCAACAAAAGGGUGACACGGAAUGCUGAUCUUCUAGUGUUAGCCAUCCAGGAAUCACUCAGUUAUUGCCUUCAGACAAAGUCAGAGUGCUUGCCACAUCCAGGAAUAUGACAGAAUGUCUGUUCCUAUUCUCAGUUUCAGGGUUGGAUCUUUGGGGGACAGAUGAUGUUGAAAACAUUGCUAACGUAUGUAUGUAUAUGUGUAUGUUCCACUAUAAUCUAUUGUUAAUGUCUGUUUGAGUCUUAGGUCUAGGGUAUACUUUGUUUUUCCGUGUGCCGUUCCAUCUCACGCAUGGUCGAGUCCUUAGCCUUUCAAAGUAUAUGAAGGUAUUCACUGCAAGUGCACUAUGACUGCUUUGUGAUACUCUUUAGCACAGUCAACAUAAAGCACAUGCGCAGACAAGGCAGACUGUCUGCAUGUCAGGGAAAACUAGGCUGCACACAGACAGUCCACACGUACUGUGCUGAUAAUGAAAUUUGUGUCACAGGUACUGCUCACGCGACGUAGCACCACGGGGAAAACCAAAGGAUACUUUUGCCCCCAAUGAAUUGAUCAUCUUCUCUUUGUUACGAAAGACACACAGUUGUGUUCAUAAGUUAACACGCCCCUUGCUGAAUCUAGAAGAUGUUUAGUUUUUUUUUUUUUUAAAUGAGAGAUUGUAAAAAAAAAAAAUUAUUAUUAUGUACUAUUACUGAAGAUGCUGAACAGAUAUUUAAGUAUCUUCCACAAAGACAAAAUUAUAACUGAAAUUACCCAAUUAAUCCUAUUGAAUAAUGUACACUCUCUUGGUUCUUAAUAUCGUGUGUUGCCUCCACGAGCAUCAAUGACUGUUUGCAGCAAUUUGUGAUAGUUAUGUAUGAGACUUUCAGUUGUCCAGAGUGGCAAAGCUCGAUAUCAACAUCAUUGAAUCACUGUAGGGGAGAGCUCAAAUGUGCAGAACUUGCAAGGAAACCGAAGAACUUGGAUUUUGAGAUUUUUGUGUAGAACAGUGGAUAGAAUCACUGCCCAGGGCAAAUUAAGAGAUACAAACAGUCAUUGGUGUCUGAGGAGUGUUUAAACUUUUAAUCAGGAUAAUUUAGGUAAUUUUUAUUAUUGUCUCAUGGUAUAAAUGGGUCAAUGAUGUAAUUGUCUCUCUUUUUUUUUUUUUUUUUUUUUUUCUUGUCUGGAUCUAUAAAGUCAUGUAAAAAUUAUUUCUUUAAAUAUAAGUCAGGUGGUGUAACAUCGCGAUGGGAGAAAGGUGCCAUCCAUUGGCUGUGUCUUGUUUGGAAGCAUGCGUCCUCUGGAGGUCGCGUUUGUCAGCCGCAUACGUCAUCGAGGCUCUCGUUUCAUUUUUUUUUCUUAUUUUUUAUCUAUUGUCAAUGCCUUUUAUGUCUGUGCAUUUACAUUUAUACAAUUGUUAACAUUUUUUGCAUUCCCAAUAAAAAAAUUAAUUAAAAAAGAAAUGAAACAAGACAGCCUCGAUGACGUAUGCGGCCAACAAAUGCGACCUCCGGAGGACGCAGCCUUCCAAACGAGACAAAGCCAUUGUUUCUGGCAGGCUACUCUGCUUUACAGGAUCCAUAUGGUUAGGAUUAGGGUGGGGUAAGGGUAUCUGCUGCCUGCCAGGGACAAACUGUCACUCCUGUGUACAAUGGGCAACCAACAUGCAGGUAGCCAUUUUGUUGUCAUGUUACAAGAAAAAAAAAAAAAAAACUUUAGACUAUGUGAUGUUUUUUUAGAAAAUCAAAUAUAGUACUCUUAUAAUUUUUUUAAAAUAUUUUUUACCUUGAAAAAUAUGUUUGAAUUUUUUUUUUUUUAAUUAAUAAUUAAGUUGUGUACACUCUCAUAUAUUCAAGUUGCAGAAAAAAUAUUUUAAUACCAUUUACUUGAUGAUUACACCACUUGACAUUUUAAAAGAUAUUACAUUUAUUUUUGUGUGGAAAUUAUAAUUUUUUUUUGUAUUAUAUGAAACCAACAUGGACACAAGAUUUCUGCAUACUUCUUGACAUUUUAAACUAGAUUUUAUUAUCUCUGACAACCUUUUUUUUUCAGUGACCCUCAUGUAAAUAUCUAUUAUGUCAAAUAACUUCAUUCAGGCAGUACCAAAUAAAAAAAAAAAAAAAAGCAUUUUUAAUAAUCCCAUUUAGUAAAAAGAAAAAAGAUAAACAUCUGGCAGAUUCUGUGAGGGGUGUGUAAAUUUAUAAGCAGAACUGUAAAUCAGGCUCUAUUAUUUGUAAAUGUGUGUGACUGAAUGUCAUUUUCUCUGUUAAGAAUGACGAAGUGUACCCUGGACACGCAACAACACCAGCCAAUCAUAUGCUCAGUCGCUCUGUUUACAUUCACAUGUUUAAAACCAUUUGACACACUUCAGUUUAAUCUCCUCUACAUUUCUCACAUCUUGCUUGAAACACUGAAGGAUGCUCAUACAAAUACACACCACUUCUGUGAGACAUGAUCAAACACAAGUUCAGUUUAUGAGUAGCAGGGCUUAUCUGCAUUUAUGAUUUGAUUUAUUUCAGCACAGAUCCAUAUAAGAUCCAUAUAUAAUUUAAUUUGUAUUUUAGUGAACUGAAAUUCACAUCUAUUGUUUUCACAUUUGUAUGCAUCAUGUAUGCAGUACUGUCUAACCGUCUCAAUGGGAAAUGGCCGUUUCACUGAAAAUACACAGCACUGAUUUAGUAAUUUAUUGUUUGUACAACUGGUGUGUGAAAAAAGAAAACACAUGAUGAAUUUAUUUAUUGUAAUGGUAAUUUUGUCUCAUAAUUACUAUUUAACAAGGAAUACUGAACACAAUAGUUUCUUUUUGAAGAAAACUGUUUUUUAGCCUUUUUCAUGACAAUAUAUAUGUAUAUAAAACAAAUCGCUAUAUUUAAAUGUUUACAUUUUUCAUUUGUUGUCAGUGUCUUCUCACUGGAGAUCUGUUCGUUUAGCUUUCAGUUCAAUCCACUGCAAUUAGAGCGGAGGGUGAUAUUUUUUUACCCUGUUAUAAUUACUAUCACUAAUUAAAUUCUAUGCAAUAUUGGACCUACA